CCCGGUCCAACCUCCUCCGGUCUUUCCUCGCCCGCCCACAGGCAGCGCGAACGCGCAGCGGCGCUCGCGAGAGUGGGCGCACUGAUUAGCGAGGCAAAGAGGAGUUUUAAAGCAGCCGAGCUGCGGACUGCUGCCGGAUAAUUACAUUCAAACUGAGGGGACGCUCGGAUUAGAAGCAAUGCGCAAAGUGUUUACGUCGGACUGGAACUCCGAGGAGUUCGUCGGGAGGAGAACACCCUGAAAAAAAGAAGAAAACCUUUUUAUUCUGAGGGAAUGCGAGGAAUUAAAAUAAAGCCUUAAGUGUUUUGUUUUUUCUUCCUCCGCGUCUGCAAGCGUGAGUCUGCAGCUCAGCCUGACAAGAGAAGGACGGGAUUUAAGUUGACUUCAGCGCAUGUUUGAAGUGGUUAUGUCUUGAGGUGGUGGCUCCUCCGACUUCAUAAGGGACGUGCUGGGAGCAGACUGCUGCUAAUGGGAACACCUGCUGCGCCAUGACAUCUCGCGAUGGCCUCGGUGGUCUUGGCGGAAUGGGCACUUUGGGUCGGCGGCAGCGCUUUGAAAACUCAGAGUUCACUCUGCGCAUCUACCCGGGCGACCUGGCAGAGGGGACGAUCUACUGCCCCAUCAGUGCCCGCAAGACCACCACAGCGGCUGAGGCCAUUGAACGCGUCAUCGAGCGACUGCAGCUGGACCGGACCCGGUGCUACGUUCUGGCUGAAGUGAAGGAGUUUGGCGGGGAAGAAUGGAUUCUGAACCCCACCGACUGUCCCGUUCAGAGGAUGAUGCUGUGGCCCCGCGUGGCCCUGGAGCACCGCCCCCUGUAUGGCGGGGAGGAUUACCGCUUCCUGCUGAGGCAGAAGAACCUGGACGGCUCCAUUCACUAUGGCGGCAGCCUGCAGAUGUGGCUCCAGGUCACAGAGGAGCGCAGGCGCUUGAUGGAGCGCGGCCUGCUGCCUCAGCCCGACUCUCAGGGCGACCACGCAGACCUGUGCUGCCUGCCGGAGCUGAACGAGCGCUCGCUGCUGGACAACCUGCGCUCGCGCUUCUACCAGGAGAAGAUCUACACGUACGUCGGAACCAUCCUCAUCGGCAUCAAUCCCUUUAAGUUCCUGCCGAUCUACAACCCCAAAUAUGUGAAGAUGUAUGACAAUCAUACACUGGGAGAUUUGGAGCCCCACAUUUACGCUGUGGCGGAUGUUGCUUAUCACGCCAUGCUGCAGAAACAGAGGAAUCAGUGCAUAGUUAUAUCUGGAGAGAGCGGUUCAGGGAAGACGCAAAGUACAAACUUUCUCAUUCAUCAUCUGACGGCUCUGAGUCAGAAGGGCUUUGCCAGUGGGGUGGAGCAGAUCAUCCUGGGGGCGGGGCCUGUUUUGGAGGCAUUUGGGAAUGCAAAGACGGCACAAAACAACAACUCCAGUCGCUUUGGCAAGUUCAUUCAGGUGAACUAUCAGGAGAGCGGCACCGUGAGAGGAGCGUACGUGGAGAAGUACCUGCUGGAGAAGUCCAGGCUGGUCUAUCAGGAGCACAACGAGCGAAACUACCACGUGUUUUACUACCUGCUGGCAGGAGUAAGCGACGAUGAGAGAAAAGCCUUUCACCUCAAGAAGCCUGAAGAAUACCAUUACCUCAGUCAGAUGACAAAGACACCCCGGCAUCAGCACUGGGACAGUUACUAUGACAGUGAACCGGACUGUUUCACCGUUGAAGGAGAAGACCUGAAGCAUGACUUUGAAAGGCUUCAGCUGGCCAUGGAGAUGGUGGGCUUUCUCCCUGCCACCCGCAAACUGAUCAUUUCGCUGCUGUCCGCCAUCCUUCAUCUGGGAAAUAUCCGCUACAAAAGGAAGAGCCGGGACGACUCCAUAGACAUCUGUAACCCAGAGGUGCUGCCGGUGGUCUCAGAGCUGCUGCAGGUCAAAGAGGAGAUGCUGUUUGAAGCUCUGACAACCAGGAAGACGGUGACUGUGGGGGAGCGGUUGAUCGUUCCCUACAAGCUCUCCGAGGCAGGAACGGUACGAGACUCCAUGGCCAAGUCUCUGUACAGUGCUCUGUUUGACUGGAUCGUCUUCAGGAUCAACCACGCUCUGCUCAACAUCAAGGACCUGGAGGAGACCACCAAGAUCUUGUCCAUCGGAGUUCUUGACAUAUUUGGGUUUGAAGAUUAUGAGAGCAACAGCUUUGAGCAGUUCUGCAUCAACUUUGCCAACGAGCGUCUCCAGCAUUACUUUAACCAGCACAUCUUCAAGCUCGAACAGGAGGAAUACACAGCAGAGGGAAUCAGCUGGAAAAACAUCGACUACAUCGAUAACACCGGAUGCAUCAGCCUGAUCAGCAAAAAGCCCACAGCGCUGUUCCAUCUGCUGGAUGAAGAGUCCAAUUUCCCUCAGGCCACCAACCAGACUCUGUUGGAUAAGUUCAAGCGGCAGCAUGAGGGCAACAGGUACAUCGAGUUCUCCGCCGUCAUGGAGCCGGCCUUCCUCAUCCACCACUAUGCUGGCAAAGUCAAGUACGGGGUUAAGGAUUUCCGGGAAAAGAAUACGGAUCACAUGCGCCCGGACAUCGUGGCUUUGCUGAAGAGCAGCAAGAGCGCCUUCAUCUGCAGCCUGAUUGGCAUCGACCCGGCGGCCACCUUCCGCUGGGCCGUGCUCCGGGCUUACUUCAGAGCUCUGGUGGCUUUUAAAGCGGCUGGAAAGAGGCACAAACCCAGGACGACUGGGCAUGAUGACUCUGCUCCCUCUGCAGCAUUGAAAAGUAUGGAUAGUUUUAGCUUUCUGCAGCAUCCUGUGCAUCAGAGAAGCUUAGAGAUCCUGCAGAGAUGCAAAGAGGAGAAGCACACUCCAGAUGAGACUGAAAAUGUCUCUCAAAGUGAUGAUGAAAGUGAAAACGGCAUGAGCAGAAAAAGUCCUCGGAUGCGUCUGUCUGAUAAUCAGGGCAUCAACUCAGAGAAUCCCCCACGUUUCCAAAGCUCCGGCUGGAACGGACGCACGGGUCGGCAGAACCGCUCGGGACCCGGCGGCUCGACUGCAGACGAGGAGGGUCUGUUUCUGAGCUCCGUCAGCAGCAAGCUCCUGGAGAGAGCCCACGACAUCCUCAUGAGGAACAAGACCUACAAAUCCAAGCCAAGUCUUCCAAAGCACUUACUGAAUGUCAAGUCACUGAAAUACCUCAGCAACCUGACGCUCCACGACCGCAUCACCAAAUCUCUGCUUCACCUCCACAAGAAGAAGAAGCCGCCCAGCAUCAGCGCUCAGUUCCAGGCUUCUCUCAAUAAGCUGAUGGAGACUCUGGGUCAGUCUGAGCCCUACUUUGUGAAGUGCAUCCGUUCCAAUGCUGAUAAGCUGCCUUUAAGGUUCAACGAUAACCUGGUGCUGAGGCAGCUGCGUUACACGGGCAUGCUGGAGACCGUGCGCAUCCGCCAGUCCGGUUACAACUUCAAGUACAGCUUUGAGGAUUUCAUCCAUCACUUCCGCGUGCUGCUGCCGCCGGGCGCCUCCGCUGCCAGGGAGAACAUCCAGGAAUGCCUGGGUCAGCUGGACCUGCAGCCGGACGGCUACCAAGUGGGAAAAACAAAGGUGUUUUUGCGGGAGGCUCAGCGUCAGCAGCUGCAGGCCUCCCUCCACAGAGAAGUUCUGCGGCGCAUCGUCACGCUGCAGCGGCGCUUCAGAGCCCGGCUGGAGAGGAGGCAGUUUGUCAGGAUGAGGGAGGCCGCCGGCUGCAUCCAGAAGUGGUGGCGUUCUCACCGGCCGGUAGAGCAGGAGGAUUAUUGUGACCCCGUCCUCCAGGAGGGGGCAGCUCUGUGCCUGCAGACGCACUGGCGGGGUUACAGGGCGCGUCAGAGCUUCAGGAGGUGGAGGCAGGCGGCUCUGCUGCUGCAGAAGCUCUGGAGGUUCCAGCUGGAGCGCCGCAGCUCCGCCGCUCUGGUGAUCCAGGCAGCGUGGCGCUGUCAUGGAGCCAGACGGGCAUACCUGAAUCUGCGUGACGGCGUGGUGAAGCUGCAGGCGUUAGGCCGAGGUUUCUUGGCCAGAAGAAGCUUCAGAGAACUGAGAGAACAGAAGCUGAAGGAGGAAAGGGACCAGGAAGAAAAGCUUCUAGAACUCCAGAAUGGGCAUGUGAGCGUCCAACUGGAAGAGCCUGACAGAACCAUGGGGCUGGACCUGAGCACCUGGGAGGAUCGCACCUGCGAGGAGCGAGAGCGGAGCCUCCUCAGCACGGACACAGAUGAGGAGAAACAAGACAGCUCAGAGGACGGCAGCGCUAAUGCAAGAACCGAGGCGCUACCGUUGGCCCCAACGCCGCCUGCGACACACAGAGAGAGGGAUCGAACUCCCGACGAGGCCACCCAGAAAACAACCCGGGCCAAAAGAGAGAACCGCCGCAUGAGGGAGCUGGAACAGGCCCAGUUCAGCCUGGACCUCCUCAAGGUGCGGGCAAACAGCAGCGGCGCUUCGUCUUCACCGGAGGAGCAGCACUGGCCCAUGGAGCUGGUGCCUCCUGCCAGUCCAUCUCUGCCUUCCCCUCAGGGAACCCCAGACAGCCAGAGCUCCAAAGGCAGCUUUGAGCUUCUGGUUAUGGAUGAAGAUCCCAGCAAAGCUUCAGAAAUGGCGGCAGAUGGCGAGGAGCCCAGCUCGCCUCUGCCAGCUGCUACAGACGAGUCUGAGUCAAGCAACGAAGUUUUCUUGACGACCCUGAAACCAGUGGAGCUGCUUAAGACUGACGUAUCUGAGGCUGCGAGCCUCCAAGAGAACCACAGCCCCACGAAAAUAGAGGCCCCCCCACAUCCUGCCAAAAUGGAGAUCUGCCUACCGACCUUUUACAUUCCUGCCCGUGAGCACGGCGCCACAGUCCCCCAUCCUGCUGCCGAGGAGGUCCAAGGAAGCCAAAAGGGGGCAACCAUCACCUCUGCAUCGAGGCCACUGAAAGAUCGGCGAGAGUCAGCGCGUCGCCCUCUGGUGGUGGUCAUUAGUAUGACAAAGGAGACUCCUCUGAGUGAGGAGCUCAGAAGGCCCGUCCAUCCUCCAACCCAUCUUCAAAAUUCUUCUGCCCAGACUGAGAAUGUGGGACUCUCUGCACCUCAAGAGCAGCAGGCUGUUAUGGACAAGCUCCUGAAGCUGAACGAGGAGAAGGAGGAGCGGCAGAGGAGUCAGCAGCAGCAGAACGAGAGGGAGAUGAUGGAGCAGAUCCGCCAGCAGAAGGGUGUUCUGGAGCGACAGCGUCUCAGCUUCGCUCAGCACGAGAGGGAAAUGUUCGAUAAGCACCGAGAGGAGGCGCUGCAGAGGAUACAGAGGAGCCAGGAGGUCGAGCAGAGCUCCGCCUCCAGCAGGACCUUCAGUUCCAGCUCCCUGCAGGGGGAGCGGUCGCCACGACUAGUCUCUCAUGGCAGGACCCACUCAGACUCCUCCCCGCCCGCUCUGCCCUCGUCUCCCUCUGCAGACCCCCGUGUGAGUGCCCGCCUCCCCCAGCUGCCCCCUCCACCGGCCUCCGCCCCCACAGAAAGGCGCAGGGACCGAAGGCCCGUGGCAGAGGGCUGGGCCCCCAAACUCACUCUGGAGACGAAAGAUGGAGGAGGGAGCAGGAUGAGGACGGCCACAAACAAACCGCCGACAUCUCACGGCGUCACCGCGGGUCUGACGGAAAAGACGGAGAACAUCUUCUUCUUUCCUAAAGACAAAGUCACGUCAAUGAGUGACUCUGUCACCAGAGAGACUCCGCUGGCUGCCUCCACGGCAGGGCCCGUGCCGGUAUUCAAGCCCAAUGACGGAGCGAGAACCUGGGAUGUUGGCAGGUCGGGCCCAAAAAAGAAAGCCCGAAUGGCCCGGACCCGCUCUGACUUCCUCACCCGCGGCGCCAGUCUGUCUGUUGAGGGCGAUUCGGACGAGGACGACUCUGACGCGCAGAGCCCCCUCAGCCCCCGUCAUUUCACACUGCCCCUCUCCAAACAGAGCUCCACCGAGUCGGGCUUAACAGAGUCCUGCUUCAGUGACUCCGACAUGCUUGCAAAUUCUAAGGAGCAGAAGAAGCUGCAGAAAGCCAUGUCGUCAGGAGAUCUGGUCAAAGUCGAUUCCAUGCGCAAGAACUCACAGGAUGAAAGGGUUCGUAGUAAGAUGCGUUUCUGGGGCAAAAACAAGUACGGAGAAAAGAAGAACUCCAGAGAAAAGCUCUCAUUUGGAGGAGAAUCGCUGGAGGAGGACUACGGAGAGACUGGACCAUUGCUGGGAGAGGAGGGUCCAGAAAACUUGUCCUGCAGUCCUGAUCUGACGCUGGAUCGAGGCUUCAGGGACCUGAAGGAGAACAAGGAGCCGUCUCCCAAGGUGAAGCGCAGGCGCAGCGUGAAGAUCACCAGCGUGACUCUGGAGCCCACUCAGUGGCAGAACGAGGCCCUGCAGAUCCUCACCUGCACCAACGACUACAGGAGCAUGAACGACUUCCUCAUGAAGAAGAUCAACGACUUGGACACGGAGGACAGCAAGAAGGACACCAUGGUGGAUGUUGUGUUUAAAAAAGCCCUGAAGGAAUUCCGUCUGAACAUCUUCAACUCCUACUCCACAGCACUCGCAAUGGAUGAUGGGAAAAGUAUCCGCUACAAAGACCUGUAUGCUCUGUUUGAGCACAUCCUGGAAAAGACCAUGCGGCAGGAGCAGAGGGACUGGAGGGAGUCUCCGGUGAAGGUUUGGGUCAACACCUUCAAAGUCUUCCUGGAUGAGUUCAUGACUGAAUACAAACCUCUGGACAGUAAGACUGUAGUACCCAAACCUGAACGGAAAAAACGCAGGAAAAAGGACGCCGACACUGUGGAGGAGCAUAACGGGCACAUCUUCAAGUCCACGCAGUACAGCAUCCCCACCUUCUGUGAAUACUGCUCCUCUCUCAUCUGGAUGAUGGAUCGGGCCAGUGUGUGCAAACUGUGCCGGUACGCCUGCCACAGGAAGUGCUGCCAGAAGACGACCGUCAAAUGCAGCAAGAUGUUUGAUCCGGAGCUUUCCUCCAGACAGUUCGGAGUGGACAUCUCCCAUCUGACCAACGAAGAGAAGACGGUUCCCCUGGUGGUGGAGAAGCUCAUCAACUACAUCGAGAUGCACGGCAUCUACACCGAAGGAAUCUACAGGAAACCUGGAUCCAUCAACAAGAUUAAGGAGCUUCGACUGGGACUGGACAACGACGUUGACGGCGUUAAUCUGGAUGACUACAACAUUCACGUCAUCGCCAGCGUUUUCAAGCAGUGGCUCCGGGACCUGCCCAACCCCCUGAUGACAUUUGAGCUGUACGAGGAGUUUGUCCGCGCCAUGGGUUCACAGGACAAAAAGGAGAUAAUCAGGGGAGUUUAUUCAAUUAUCGACCAGCUCAGCAGAACUCACCUGAACACGCUGGAGCGACUCAUCUUUCAUCUCGUCAGAAUCGCCCUCCAGGAGGACACCAACCGCAUGUCGGCUAACGCCCUGGCUAUCGUCUUUGCUCCCUGCAUCCUUCGAUGUCCGGACACCACCGAUCCACUGCAGAGCGUCCAAGACAUCAGCAGGACCACAGCGUGCGUAGAAUAUAUUAUUUGUGAGCAGAUGAAUAAGUACAAGGUUCGACUAAAGGAUAUCAGCACUCUGGAGUUUGCAGAAAGUAAAGCCAAGAGCAAACUGACCCUCAUUCGUCGCUCAAUGCACCAGAGUGCAGCUAAAAAGGGAAAAGGUCGCGUGCCGGGGCUGAGCUACCACGCCCCCUCCCCUCCGGUCAGCCCCCGGCUCCAGCCUGCAUCCGAACCUGCCAGGGAGGAGAGCGGCGGUGAGGAGGCGGUGGAGCCCACCAUCAUCUCCGAACAUCAGCAGGCGGCUAUGCAGCACGAGGAGCGAGUCCUGGCGGAACAGAUCGAAAACCUGCAGAAAGAAAAAGAGGAGUUGACUUUUGAGAUGCUGAGUCUGGAGCCCCGAGCAUCUGACGACGAGACUCUGGAUUCUGAGGCUUCCAUCGGUACCGGCGACAGCUCCGAAAACCUGAACGUGGACUCUGAGGAAACCAUUUCUGACUUCUCUGAGAGAGGUCCAGCUCUGACCUCCCCCUGGCCUCGCAGAUCUGAUGGGAGGAGCCACCGGAGCCACGCCCACCGCCGGCAGCAGGACUGCCAAGAAGCCGCAGACUCCUGUUCCCCCGUUUCCUCCUUCUCCACCUCAUCGCACUUCCAGCCUUCCACCUCCUCUUCCUCCUCCGCCGCCAGCCGGAGGUUUCGUUUCCACUCCAAGUCCGCCACAGUGGGCUCCAGUCCGGGCCAGCCCCAGGCCCACUCUCCAAACGCGUCUCAGACCUCCCGAUUCGACAGCUUUGAAGGCAGCCCUCCCCGAGAGCAGGAGGUGGACGAGAAGCCCCAGUUCACCAGCCGCGGCACUUACAACCCGGAGAAGGGCAAGCAGAAACUGAGAGGAGCCAGGCACUCGGUGACGAGACACUCCAGACAAGGCCACGGCAGGGACCCCGGCACAGACAUGCCCCAGCACAUGGUCUUAUACGGUAGCAAUGAAUUCAUGGUAUGAAGGUCUCUGGGACAGCAGAGCCCUCCCUGCUCAGAUCUCUGCUUUUUAAAGCUUAGCCUUUCCGUCUGUAAAGUUAGUUUUUUUUAAAGAGUCCACAAGUGCCACGCACAGAGCUUCCUUCUCCAAGGAUGUCCGCUGGAGUCCCGGGAGGGAAGAGGAGGAGCGCCCCACCUUCUCAAUGUGCCUUGGUUCCUCCUUGGAGGACGGAGGAGUGUUGGAACACAGCAGGGAGUGAAAUACUGACAGACAAUCCAGCGGACCUUUUAUUAGCUGCUUCAUGAGUUUACAGUUCACAACAAUCAGUAAAAAGCAGCAGAUGGCUGUGCUAUUAUCAUUUGUUUCCCUUAUUUAAUGAAUUUUAAUGUCAGAAUUCUUUAUAGCUAUAUAUAGAGGUAUAAAUACUGUACAAAGACACAACACCUGCCUUUUCUGGCAGUUGGAGUCAAAUAUUUAUCUUUUUUUUUUUUUUUGAGCAUCCUGGACAGAAAUGUUCAGCAGAUAUGAGCGGUGGAUGUUACUUUUGUGUGCGUGCAUGUGCAGAUUCCCAUGUAUGGAUGUGUUUGACAAAGAAAAAACACUUAGUUUUUAAGUUUUUGCUGCUUUUUUCCCCCUUCUUCUUUUUACUUCCGUCACACGGCGGAGAUGUGACCAUCAAAGGGACCAGAUUAGCUGUUACAUCGUCCAAAUCCUUCAAAAAGUUUGGGAUUCUAAAAAAUUCCGGCGUUCUGCUGCUUGUCGGCCAUGAAAAAAAUUGUAACGUAUUGCACAGAUCAUUUGUAGAGCACAGUGGGAGGGAAUGCCACUCUGCUCUUUGUUUCCCACUUCCUAUUCAGGUCCACUCCACCUCGCAAGUAUUUGCUCAAAAGCUAUUCAAAAAAUUCAUGAAAUCACUUCGUCUUCUGUGGUUUUUACUGAUUAAAUCUGUGUCCUCAUUCAUGAAGAUGCUUCAUCCUGAACCUGAGCAGCACAUGGGAGAAAGAUGAUCGACCAAAUGCAGGUUUUAAGCAGCAUGGUUUAUAGAAAGGUGCUAAAUAAAUGCUAUUUUUGUCCAAAAU